UUCACACGGAGCUGGGAUCUACAGAAAAUCACAAAGAGGCAAUCAGGUGACUAUAGGAAGCAGAUGAGAAAGAAAGUACAUAUUUAGUGAACGAUUUUAUUUGUUUUAAUUAAGUUGCGCCUAGCAAGGAAAAGAAAAUGCUCUUAGUUCUAACCGAUGAGCAUAAAGAACAUUUGGCAUUCCUUCUGGAGGUUGAUUCUGCAGUUGUAGGGGAAUUUGGAAGAAUCGCAUUGGAGUUUUUAAAGAAAGGAUCCAAUUCUAAAAUAUACGAAGGAGCAGCAAGAAAGUUAAACGUUGCCGUUGAAACUGUGCAGCAUGGAGUGGAGGGUAUAAUGUACCUCCUCACUGAGAGCUCGAAGCUGAUGAUUUCCGAGGUGGAUUUCCAGGAUUCAGUGCUGGUUUUGGGCUUUCCAGAAGAGCUGAAUAAACUCCUGCUUCAGCUUUACUUGGACAACCAGAAGGAGAUCCGGAAUAUCCUCAGUGAACUGGGACCAAACCUGCCUCACUACCAUAAUCUGGAGUGGAGGCUGGAUGUGCAGCUGGCAAGCAGGGCACUGAGACAGCAGAUCAAACCAGCCGUGACUUUCAAACUUCACCUUGAGCAAAAUGGAGAGGAGAGCGCCAAUGUGUUACAGACUGACCCUGCAACCCUCUUGCACCUGAUCCAGCAGCUAGAACAGGCUCUGGGAGAGAUGAAAACCACUCACUGCCGGAGGGUCGUGCGCAAUAUCAAGUAGCAUCAAGGAGUAAGGAUGCACUUCUGGACCUUUUCUUCACACUUGAAGUGCUGUACAUACUCUAUACUGUAAUUUUAGUGUUUUAUUCCAGGUAAAUUAAAGAACAGGUCAGGUGUUGAGAACUAUACCAGCAGUACUUUCUGUGUGAUCAGUGCCGGGGUUGUAGUAUAUCCAUUCCGCACGCAAGCAGUGGUUGUAUCGAAGUUCAUCAGAUCAGGUGUUUAAAUACUGAACUGCAAUGCCUUAUUGUUAUGUAAAUAGUUGAUUGAUAUUUUAAGUGAAGCACAACCCUUAUUUUGAACCGUCAAUGUGAAACAAACAAGCUAGCAAAAUAAAAGUUAAUAAUCUGCUUGGCUAAUUAUUCCAUUUAGAAUUCCAUUUAAUUUACUUUCAAAUGUAUUAAUGGUUAAAUACCCACUUUAGUUCUGAAUUUAAAUGCCUUGUAUUCUAGCAGAAUUGUAAUAAUAUCACAUUAUUGCCAAACUUUCAGACAACCUUAACAAUUGCACUAGUUUACGGAAGGUGCUAAAUUCAUGCACAAUAAGCUGUAAAGUACUUCACAUGUGAAUGAUAAUUGUCAAGUAAGGAUUUCUGUUUUAAUUUUCAUAUUUCAUGCUUUUCUAUUUGUAUAAUUGUUUGAAUCCCUGUUUGAGAGCAGCUUUGCUACUGUAGCCAACAGCUUGCUGAUGGGCAGCCUUGGUACAGCUCCUGAAGCGUUGCUUCUUUAAAGAUCUGGAUGUAUAAUUAAAGAUGUUUACAGUC